UCUUUCCAUUUGCAACAUCAAUCAUAUUUUCACUCACUCUCACUCAUGGUGUCCGAAGACCUAAUAUAUGGGAUGAAACUAUCGUCGGUGGGGCCUGGGAGGGUCUCGGGUCAAGACCGAACCCACGAGCCGACCAACAUGGACUUAGCCAUGAAACUUCACUACUUGAGAGGAGUGUACUACUUCAAUGAAUCUGCCUUUGAGGGUGUCAAAGUGCAAAACUUGAAGGAUCCAAUGUUCACAUGGUUCAACCAUUUCUACACCACCUGCGGCCGGUUCAGGCGGGACGAGUCCACUGGCCGACCCUAUAUCAAGUGCAACGAUUGCGGUGUCCGUUUCAUCGAGGCCAAGUGCACCAAAACGCUCGAUGAAUGGUUCUUGAUCAAGAGUAAUGAUGCUUCCAUUGAGAAGCUGCUUGUUUCAAACCAAGUUCUUGGCCCUCAACUCGUUUUCUCUCCACUUAUCCUUGUUCAGUUCACUUGGUUCAGAUGUGGGGGAGUCUCACUGGGCCUAAGCUGGGCCCAUGUUAUUGGGGACGCAUUUGCAGCCAUUGAUUGCAUGAACGCAUGGGGACGAGUUACCAUGUCCAUUCCGCUGACCACCCUCAACGAACCACAAAACCACAUCAGGUCCAACCCUUCUAAAAGCCCACUAGAACAGCCCGUAGAGCCAUUAUCGGCCAGGAGGGUAGUAAGCCCAGUUGGAGACCAUUGGAUUAUCGCCAACAAAGGCGAGAUGAAAAUGUUCUCCCUGCGUAUCACAUCCCAACAGUUGAGUGACUUAAAAUCAAGGGUAAGUGACCUUAAAGGCAAUAAUCCACUUCCACCAUUUGAGUCCCUAUGUGCCAUCAUAUGGAAAUGUGUGGGCCAAGUUAGAAAUGGGCCUGGGCCCAAUUUGGUGACUAUUUGUAGAAACGACCCAUCGAAAAGAAAAACCGGUAUUUUGAGCAACGGACAAUCUAUCAGGAUUGUGAAGGCCCAUUACGAUAUAUCAGAAGCCCAUCCCGGAGAACUCGCACUACUGUUACUAAAUCAAUCCAAUGAUGAACGAUACCUUAUUGAAGAAUCGAUGGAGAGAGGCAAAGGCACGACUGACUUUAUUGUGUACGGAGCAAACCUAACCUUUGUGGACUUGGUAGAUGCUGAUCUAUAUGGGCUGGAAACAAGAGGUCACAGGCCCAUUAGUGCGAAUUAUUUUAUCGAUGGUGUUGGAGAUGAUGGGUCGGUUUUAGUACUUCCUGGGCCUAGAGAUGGUGAGGGUGGAGUAGUAGUGAAUGCUGUCUUCCCAGAAGCUUAUAUUUGGGAACUGAGAUCUGAGCUAAAGAAAGAGUGGUCCAUAUGCUAAAUCACAUCACUUGGUUAAUCCCUCAUAGCUUCGAGGAAUGAAUUUGUGGUGUCGUUAUCAAAAAUAAAAAAUUAAUGUUGUCUUGUGAUAUGUUGGAUGGAUUGAAUUAUUUGAUGAAAUGAGUAUCCCUUUUAUUUAUCUUUAAUCAUUAGUUAAAGAAUAAUGAAUGGCCUCUAUCCCAAAAUGAGGUUAACACAACAACCUUCA